AUGAUACUGACAGGUACUUCAUAUUCCGACGCCAAAGAUGUAUACUACACGGUAUAUGACACAACUCCACCAGUUUUACCGAAAACACCAAUUCCCAAGCAACGACCAAAAGGUGUAGCCACAUUGAUGACCUUCAGCAAAGAUGCUAUAGGAGAACUUCCCCUACAACAUGUUUCCUCUAGCAAACGAAUGGAAGACCUGGAUGACGAGGAGUAUGGAUACACAACUGGUGGUGCCAUAUACAGUAAACAAAAGAGAAAGACAGUUAGUUUAGAGGAAACGUACAUGGAUGCACAUGAAUUUGCUCCAUACAGAAAAGAUAGUCACAAUCCCAUGAUCAGCAGAUGUUUCUUCUCCAAAGAAAGUAACAAUGGAGAAAUGUCUGUUGCCGACGUGUGCCAAGAAGUGAACCGCUCCGAGGGAGAUAAGCAACAAGAUCUAAAGAAGUUCAUAACUGUACAUCUGCUUCCAAGUCUGAAACUUGAUGACAAAAUCGCAGAUGUUUUUGUCCUACUUUUUUGCAAAGACAAACUUGUCAAAAGUCUUUGUAUACAAGAAAUGACUAAGAUAAUUUCAAAUAUUGAUUACAGACGAUUUUCUAAAGAGGACUUGAUGAAUCUGUAUGAAACUGGCACGGUCCAGCUAUUUACUGCAAUUUCAGAAACCAAGAAAACGUUCCCCAUUUUCCAACCUUUGAUUCAACUCGGUAUUAUGUUCAAUUGCUUUAUUUAUCUACAGGCAGUCGAAGCAAAGGACGAUUGGAUUGCAUGUAUUGGACGCGUAAUGAAUACCAUGCAAUCAAAAACUAAACGGGUCAUGGAAAGAAAAGACCCGGAUGUUCAGGUUUUUGCAAAAACAGCACAAUGUUUAUUUGAUCUACAAAAUGUGGACUUUGAAAAUAGUUUAUUAUUAGGGGAAGAUAUGGACGAUUUUCUUCCAGACUUCAGCAAGGAGAAUAGCGAUAUCUACAUUGAAGGACUGGCCGCUCUUUUUCAUUCGGGAAAUCUGAUACUAAGACAGCAAUUGAAGUUGAAGGCCGGUGUACAGAAACUGGUGGGAUUGUCUUCGUUCAUGAAAGGAUCCAGUGAUGAAGGAAUGGUUAAGUGGUUUAAUCGGUUGCUUGGAGAGUUCGUGGUCCGUAUACUACAGCAAGAACACCCGGAUAUUAAACUAGAUGUGCUCGGCGUGUGUGAAGAUCAGUUGUUUACCAUAAUGAAAAAUGAAACAUUUCAUCCCGAAGGAUUUGAUUUAUCGCAAUGCUUAUUGUUUCACCACAACGACAGAGUUCGUUCCAGGUACAAGGACCUAGCGAAAGCUAACGGUCUAAAGAUAUCAAAGGCGGUAACGGAAGUUCACAUACAAACUCUUUUGAACAAAUUUGGUCUUUUUUUGGACGUGUCAACAUCGGAAUCGCAUUUGAACAGUAUAGUAGAGCGCAAACAAUGUACAUUUUGCAAUGUACAAGCAUCAAUCACAAUCAUUUACGAAACUUUGCAGGAAGAAACAACAGAUGUUAAUAUGUAUGACAACACAAUGUCAAAAACAUUAAGCCCGGUUAGUGCAAACCAAUACAAAAUAGAAAACUUGGAAAAUGAGCUCGAGGUUCUAAAGGAAUUAGAGUCUAAUGACUUUCACAUAAAUGUGGCGAGGCUUCUAGCCUUCAACCAUUAUUUUCCAAGGUUUUAUAUCAAAGAGAGGCUUCCUGGUGAGAACUUACAGAGGCGCCUCCUUGAGGCAAGAGAAAAAGGAAAGACAAUCCAAAUAGAUCAUUUAAUCUGGAUCAUAAUACAGGCAAUACAAGCUGUUAUAUACGUCCACAGUCAAGGGUGUCUGCUCAGAGAUAUCACCACGGCUUCUUAUGGAUGUACGGUGUCAGAUGACGGAUAUUUUUGCAAACUGAAAAAUUUUGAAAUUGCAAAAAAGUCGUCGGAUUUUUCAGAUGGUGGAAUUGUUAGUGGAAUCAUAGAUUUGGAUUGCAAAGGAGUUCCUACUCGCUGGGCUGCCCCUGAGAGUCUGCUGGAGGGACAAUACAGUAUCUACAGCGAUGUCUGGUCCGUCAACAUAUUAACAGACGAGGUUCUUAACCAUGGCGCCUGGCCAUAUUCAGAUAUCAACGACGCAGAUAUUAAUGACAUGGUUACACAUAUAGUUUUUACUCACCUUAAACCUCAAGGGUUUAACCGACCCCGUCGUGUACAGGGUCUGAUUUUAGAGGGACUGGCUACCGUUCCUGAACAAAGACUCAAACUGGAGGCUCUCAGAGAAAGAUUGCUCGAGAUCCUGGACAAUAUUGACGGGGGAGAUGGUUACUCCCUGUAUGACACAUACACCGGAGCUGAGGGAACUCGCACAAAAAAAUAUGAUAUUCCUCCCCUUACAGAGCGACAGAAACAGGCCAACUCGGUGUUUGAAAGAGGAAUUCCAGCCUCAAUUCAAAAGUACAGAGAGUUGGAAGAUCCUGUAACUGCAUUUAGAAUGGAAGUGGCAGAAAAUAACAGCAGACUGAAAGAGCAAACAGGAUUAAAAGUGAUGGAGAUUUUUUCUGACGAAAAGUACAAAAUCGAAUCUGAGGACACAUCAAACAAAAUGAAGGUGAUGGAACGUGUUACUGAAGAUUUUCUUAGGUUUACAUACAAAAGUCUGAACAAAAUCGAUAGCAGUAAGAUGUGUGUAGAUCCAUGGCCACCAUCAAAAAGUGCACCAACAGAUGGGUUAAAACUGCACUACAAAUUUCCGAAGUCAACCCAUCUGCUGGAUAUAGUUCUUCAUAGGAAUCACGGAGAGACGAUCGGUCCUUACAUAGAGCUUCUCUAUGAAUUAGCGAAUCAUGUGGAUGCUUUUCAUUCAGCAGGAUGGAUAUUUCGAUGUCUUAGGGCGAAAAAUGUUUGGAUCUUGGAUACCAAAAAAAAAGAACAAAACAUUGUAUUACCAAAAUUUGGUAAAUACCGCAUGAUAGUGUCCUCCGAGUUUGAUGCACAUCUAGAACAAAUCAAGGUUGACAAUAAGGAGGAUAUGGAAGAUGUUCAGUGGCUGCCCAUUGAAGCAAUCAAAGUCGGCCUUUAUUCUAAAGAAAGUGAUGUGUACGCAUUUGGCAUGGUCACAUGGGAAGUUAUGGCAGCUUUUGGACAAGAGGGGGUCGUGUAUGAUCAAGAUGAGGAACGAGAAUUGACAUGUAUCCCGUUCAAUUAUCAGCAGUCGGAAAACAUUCUUCAGCAUUUAAUCGAGGGAUAUAUUCCAGAAAAACCCGUAAAAUGUCCGGAUUGGUUUUAUAGAGAAGUCACUAGACCCUGCCUUCUUCAUCAAAAAAUUGACCGACCAUCCAUGAAAAUAGUUCUUCAAGUUCUUGAAACAAGACUUGGCAAGACUCUUCCUAAGCAAAUCCUUAGUCCUCCACCUCCAGCCUUUGACACUUCAAAUAAUGAGUAUGAAGAUAUUGACGAUGAUAUUUACGAUGAUACUGCUAUUUCAAGGCUGAUACUGUUUCAGUCCGAAGUCGAUGAAUCAAACAAAUCCAUGGAUAAAGACACGUGUAAUCCUCCUUUUGUAAUGAGAAGACCACCCCCGCCCAUUCUUCCUUUUUCAAACUACGACACGGGUGGAAAAGAGAGCCAUACAGCAGGUCCACGAAAACCACCACUGCCACCACCUUUUCGACUUGAGAAAAAGCCAGAUAACACCGACUGCUUUGCCCCGCCGGUACCUCGUAGAGACAGAGAUACAACAAAAACACAGGAGUCUGAGGAUGACAAUAAAUAUGAAAUGUGUCCGUUUGUUCCAAAACGACCACCACCAGUCGUAUUAUCUGAAUACAAAGAAAACAAAGAGGACUCUGCUAAUCUGCCUGAGGUUAACUCAUGUAAAUCCCUUCCUCUUCCAAUGACACCACCACAAUCAGAUGACAGAAAAGAUCAAGGUGUCAAAUGUUCACAAAUGAAGCCUAUUCCUCCAAUACCACCGAUGAAAGACACCCUGAAUUCUGCAAAAAAUAUUCCUCCUCCACCAAGACCACCAAAACAAAACAACACAAAAGGUGAUCUCAAAAGUCUUCAAACACAUGAUGAAAAGUCGUUUGUUCCACCAAAUAACAACAUGAUAUCUGGCUCAAAACCAGAUCAAAGAGACGAGAAUAAUACCCCUGUUGACUUUGUUCAUGGAGGUUCCAGCUUCGACGGAACUGCGUCAAAUGUGGUGUGCGACGAUUUGAGAGAUACAUUUAAAGGAUCGGAUUUUAACAGCUCAGAAAAUGUGUCCAUAGGUUUAGGAGAUACCCAUAAAGGAUCAGAUUUUAACAGCUCAAAUAAUUUUGGAAAUACCCAUAAAGGAUCAGACAUCGAUCGAACAGUUCGAGUCGAAACUGAUACUAAUCUUAGCGUGGAACCUGCACCGCCAAUUAAAACAAACCCCAAUGAUUUUUCAGGACCAAAACCAAAUUCAAAAUCCAAUAUCUAUGUCAAUGUCGAUUUUCAUGAGAGGAAAUCAGACGAUACCCACACAGUAGUUUACGUAAACCAGAAUCAACCCGAGACGAAACCCGCAGUGCCACCCAGAAAACCGCUUAAUUGA